AUUUAAUCCAUUAUAUGGUUUCUUACAUAACGUUCCUCGUUAUGUUUUUCCAAACUUCAGUCAGUUCAGAUCACAGAGUGACAAGUGAAGUCAAGUACAAUAAACAUAUUUAUUUAUGGGAUAAAAUUGGAUUUUGCUGAUUUCAGCAUUAUAAUCAUAAAAAGCGAUAUACAAAUAGUUACUCUGUGAGAGAAACAAUGUCUUAUCCGGGCCAUAUCCUCUAUGAAAAGACCGGACAAGCACCUGCCCCGAGUAAAGAUUUCCAUCAACUCCUUGUCGGAGAAACCGAAGUUACCCUGAGAGGCUGGAAGGUUUCUGUCCGUAAAGAUCAGCGUUUAAUUCCACCAAGCCAAAGGAAAAUAACCUGGGAUGAUUUUGACGAGGAUACCAGAAUGCAGUCUGAAAUAUCUCGAAUAUUUGGCGAAGAAACGUUGAGUCAAGUACACGCCUUAAUAUGUGGCGACUGGCUUAUUCGUCUGCCCGUAAGACUCAUCGUUCUUCUUUGUGGUUACAUGGAGCUGGAAGACAUCACCCGUUUGGCUCAGGUUUGCAGGAAGCUAAGAGAUGUGUGUUGCAGUGAUAAAUUAUGGGAAAAUAUUUACAGAGCGCACUGUGACACAGUUACUGCCAACAUGAUUUCACUGGCUGCUGAAGUUGGGUGGAAAAAACUAUUUUUUACUAACAAACUGCAAUUGCAAAAGGAGAUGAGACGACGUGAUAGGCAAAAAAACAAUCAAAGUAACUCAAAAAACUUGUUUAUCACAGAAUAAGGCAUGACAUUUAUGAUUUAUAUUCAUACAAGGGCCUAACUUUUUGGUAUUGUUACCAUGGGAAUAAGCGUUCAUUGAAUCUGCCAUGUUUUUUUAAUUGGUUUUUAUUUUUGAAGAACUAUAUUUUAUUAACAUUGUUGAACGACAAGUGUUUAUCACAUUUUGUUUCGUAACUAAUUCAUGUUUGAUUGUUUAAAUAAAAAUAU